AUGCAGGCGAAAUACACUAAGAGCCCAAGUGCAACCCUCCCCUCUAACAUUCCCUCGUGCAGGUCCCUGUCACCCAGCAAGGAUGGCGCCAGCGGUCAUUCCAGCCUCUUAGAUAGGGACGUGGCCCGGAACUUACAGGAUAGCAUCAGGCACCGCAUGCUCUACCUCUCAGAACAGCUGAGAGUGGAGAAGAUCAAUCGGGACAAGAACACCGUGGGCUACAUAGAGCUGGUGUCCAAAGCCGACCGGCGCCAGGCCCCCCACAUCCGGCAGGUCUUCGAGAAGGUGAACCAGCGGGCCUCUGCCACCAUUGCCCGAAUCGAGCGAAGGCUCCGCCAGUGUCACCAGCAGCUGCAGGAACUGAAGGAGGGCUGCCGGCCCAAGGGCUUAGCGCUGAAGACAGAAAGCAGCCAGGACAACUCCCAGCAGCCCAGAAAGAAGGCCCCAUCUUCAGGGCCCCCCAAGCCCGGGAGGAAAGACUGCCUGUCCACCAACCUGUCCAACAUCGUCGGACGUUUCCCUCUCAAGAGUCGCAUUGCAGCCUUGCAGCGGGGGAAGUCCUCGGAGACGAAGUGUGCGGCCCGCCAGCGAUCCCUGUUGUUACAGGUGAAGGAAGAGCUCAAAGAAGUCGAGAAGUUCAACUUCGGCCUCCAGAUGUCCUAUCAGAAUCUCAGGGAGAGGUACUUGACAGACCUGCGGGUGUCGCUGGAGUCCCUUCAGGAGGAGAAACGCAGACGCGUGUUACUAGAAGAACUGGCGAAUGACUACCAGCAGGGGUACCUGAAUGAGAUUUACCACCUCAAACAGACUCUGGCCUGCACCGAAGAGAAAAUGGCCUAUCUGUCCUAUGAGAGAGCCAGGGAAAUGUGGGAGGUCACGGAGACUUUCAAGAGUCGUAUAUCCAAGCUGGAAACUCUACAGGAAGUGACCCAACUGGAGAUGACAGAGAAUCGCAGGUGCUGUCCCCGGGAGUUUGUGUUCCAGUUCGUGAGCCUGCUCCUCACACUGGCCACCAUCUUCUUGGUCUUCAUCUCCACCGUGUGCACCUACCCCUUGCUGCUGGUGAAUUCGCGCCUGCGCAUGUGCAUCAUGCUCAUGCUGAUCGGGCUUGGGACCCUGGUCUGGCAGAAGUGGCAUGCCAUCCCUGUCGUGGACUGGCAGGCCUGGUUCUCCAGGUGGAGAUUACCUUUCAAAAACUCCAAUCCUCCAGGGCCUUAA